AUGUUACUCUCGCGAGCUCCCUAUCGGGAUAUAGCGAUUCCUUGGGCUCCAUUUUAUGCUAGCGAUUGGGAUGCUGCCGAUAUGUUCCCAGCAUUCCUGCAAUUCUUCGUUUAUAAACCAACUCUGCUUCAAUCUCUCAGUUCACCACAUAUUGUCAACGGUUCUACAGUGUCGGAUGAAUUUGCUAACAACGUCUGCCUUGCUUUAUCGCGAGCCACUCUUUGGGAGUCAUACAGAUCGUUGUUCUGGUCUGAUUUCGAUCUAACCAUAUUCGAAAUGGAGGACAGAAAGAAGAAGUUCUGGCUGGAUUUAUAUCGUGAAAUGUCAAAGGAAUAUUUCCCGUUCAAAGCCGGAAGGAACGACUAUCAACCGUGCUCAUUCAUACCGAUAUUCGGCUUGCAACCUUAUAUGGGGAUGUAUUACAGGAAAUUGUGGACUGAGAUGCUUGCAUUAGAUAUUCAUGAUACGUUUGACUUCGAAGACGAUGUGGCGAAAACAGGUGAACGGUUGAAGGCCACAAUUUUGUCCCGAGGAUCUGGUGAUGUAGCCAAGGAGCUCUAUCGGCGGUUUCAGGGUCGUGAUCCUAGCGUUGGAGCAAUAUGUGACUUCUACGAUCCUCCGUCCUUCUAUCAAUUAGAAGCUGAGGAAGCUGGUAGAGGAUAA